CUGCGGGGGCUGGCGCUGGCCCGGCUCCCAUGGAGGAGGAGGAGGAGGAGGAGUGCCCCGAGCUGGUUCCCAUAGACGGUCAGGAGGUUGAGCGGGCAGAAGAGGCUGAACGUGGCCACAGCCCCAAGAUACCAGUCACCAUCAUCACGGGCUACUUAGGUGCUGGGAAGACUACUCUUCUUAACUAUAUUUUGACAGAACAACAUACCAAAAGAAUAGCAGUUAUUCUAAAUGAAUUUGGAGAAGGCAGUGCCUUGGAGAAAUCCUUGGCUAUAAGUCAAGGUGGUGAACUCUAUGAAGAAUGGCUGGAGCUUAGAAAUGGUUGCCUGUGCUGUUCAGUAAAGGACAAUGGCUUGAAGGCUAUUGAGAAUCUUAUGCAGAAGAAGGGAAAAUUUGACUACAUACUACUAGAAACCACUGGAUUGGCAGAUCCAGGUGCUGUGGCCUCCAUGUUUUGGGUUGAUGCUGAACUAGGAAGUGACAUAUAUCUUGACGGUAUUGUAUCUAUUGUUGAUGCUAAGUAUGGACUGCAGCAUUUGACAGAGGAAAAACCUGAUGGCCUUGUCAAUGAAGCAACUAGGCAGAUUGCACUAGCUGAUCUAAUAAUCAUCAAUAAAACAGAUUUGAUUUUACAAGAAGAACUGAAAAAAUUAAGAACAGCUGUCAGGUCAAUAAAUGGGCUUGUCAAAAUUUUAGAAACUCAAAGAUCAAGAGUUGAUCUCUGUGAAGUUUUAGACCUUCAUGCUUUUGACAGCUUAUCUGGAUUAAGUUUGCAGAAAAAGCUGCAGCAUGUACAGACCACACACCCACAUCUAGAUAAAAGUAUUGUUACAGUUACAUUUGAAAUAUUAGGAAACACAACUGAAGAAAAUCUAAACGAAUUUAUUCAGAAUCUUCUGUGGGAGAGGAGUGUGAAAGACAAGACAGGUCAUCCCAUGGAGGUCAUAAGACUCAAGGGUUUGGUAUCUAUUAAAGACAAACCUCACCAGGUGAUUGUCCAAGGGGUACACGAAUUGUAUGAUCUAGAAGAAACCAUGGUAAGCUGGAAAGAGGAUGAUGAAAGAACAAACAGAUUAGUUCUAAUAGGCAGGAACUUGGAUAAGGAUAUCCUUAAACAAGUAUUUAUAGCUACCAUGACAGAGAAACAGGAAAACAGUUGACAUCAUACCACAAAGAAAAAGAAAAAUCUGUUCUCAAUACUGCUAAUUUUAUAAUAAAGACUGAAUAACAUGCAGUACAGCA